AUGGCAGGUAUAAUUGGACGUCACGUCGGAUCGUUGCAUUUGACUGACUACAAAUUCGAAAUCGAUUCAUUCGCUAAGUACUACGGAAGUUUGUCAAUGGAAAGGUUCUAUUGUUAUGGAUGGAGUCGUUCGCAUUUCCGGCGUUGUCAACGUAGUAGGUUAGUGGAUGUGUUGUCAAGGUGCGGACUUCACCGUCACCCUUUUCUACCAAGGACAGAGGUUAUCGAUUGGUAUUAUCAUUGUUGGCCGUCUGAGGAUAGGAAUGACAUUAACUUUGUUUUGAUUGCUAUGGGAAGUCGAUGGGACCUCUGUUAA